AUGGGUAAGGCUAGGAGUAACAGUGGGAAGAAUAAGAACACUCGCAUUCCGAAGCUCAAGGUUUUAGUAGAAAAGCUGCAAUGGAUCCUAUCCUUGGGUCCAUUGAAAUUGAAUUGUUCGACAUCAGAGGCUGCGAACGUUGAGCAAGGUCAAUUUGCAGUGAUGGCUGUACACGGGGAAGAAGAGAAGCGAUUUGUGGUGCCGUUGAGCUAUUUGACACACCCAAAUUUCUUGAAGCUGUUGGAGCAGGCAGCUGAGGAGUAUGGUUUUAAUUACAAGGGUGCAUUAACGGUUCCUUGCCAUCCAAGCGAGCUCGAGAAGAUUCUAAAUAAUGAGCAGUGGCCGGAAGAAUUGAAGUGA